GUCCUGAGCCUGUAUAUGGUCAAGAAAUGCCUCAAUUCAGACAUGGGGAUGAUCACAUAACUGGUCUCGGCCCACGCUUCAUGGUGUACAAGAUGGGUAAAAAAGACCCACGGUUUGUCUUUGCCUGCUUUUCGCUGUUUUUUUCUUAACCACCAGGGAAAUGGAGAAUGUACAUUGUUUGACACCCGACCAAGCAGCGCAGCGUCUCUUGUCUUUGGUGCAGACGCUGGGAAUGGAAGGUCAACGAAACGAACGGUCGACAAAUUCGAAGAAGGCGCGCAAUGCACAGCCUGACCCGUCGAGUAUCUCGUGGGCCUUCCAUGAAACAGUUGACAAAGACGGGCUGCUGCGCUGGCUAGCCGAGAACCUUGAUGCAUCAAGGAAUGGGCUCUGCGAUGAUGAACUGGAGUUUCUGGACUACCUUGACCGAAUUGAAUAUACUGGCAGCGAUCUCUCUGCAGCUGGUGAGAAGGACCUUGCUGCGUCGUUUGAGCUCAGAGCCCAGCUGGAUAGACUCGAAAAGCAGAUUAGUCAGUCAAGGCAGCACAAGAAGACACUGCAGGAACAGAGCGCAAUGCUUGACAAGCGGACUGAGCAGCUCAUGCAGCAGCUUUCCGAACUGCGAGUUGAAGAGGAGGCGUUGGCACGCGCAGCGAGUUCAGCAGAUGCCGAGGUAUCUCGUACAACGUCGAUGUACCAAGGGUUCCUUGAUGAGGCGGCAUUGGCUACGCGAAAGCUGGCUUCGGCUCUGAGCCCAGCGUCUGGGAGGAACGCAGCCGGGUCGUUGACAAAACACUUUAUGUUUCAAUGCGAGGACGAGGUCGACGAAAUGUGCUGUGCCAUCAAAGACUACAUGACUGAGCUUGGCGAGUUUGUCGAAACAGGGAUGCGCAAAGCAGACGUCCUGCCCUCACCAUGGAAAGAGUUUGAGCCCUUUGCAACUCGGAGCGUGGCCGAUCUGCUCAAUGUGGCCAAAAGCGAGCAUGGGCGUAUCGCCAGAGAUAUUGUCCCUAUGGCCCAGCUCAAACUAAAGCUCGAUAUUGAAAGAGAGCUGCUGCUCGCGAGCAGAAGCGAGGCCGACAAGGCAUUGGCCAGCGGUGAUCUGGUGCAGCGCUGUGAGCAAUACAUGCACGAUGGCGAACAUGCUAGCGGCUGGACCAGCUCAGUAGAGGCCCAUGCGGUGAACUUGUCUGGUGCAGUGCUAAGUCAUCUGGAGGAACCGGGUCAGGUGCGGCAUUUUGGUGAUGUCAUGGAGCAGCUGAGGCAGCAGUGGGCCGCGCUUGCGGAAAACCGGAGAGAUCAACAGAGCCAGGAUCUGGAAAUAGCCGCGCAGUCUAUCGGUCCGCAGCGGCAGGCAGCUGACGAAGCUAUGCACAGGCUGGCUGAAGAGCAGGCGGACUCUGGCCGACUUGAGUGCGAUGUGGGCGGUGGCAGCGACCAACCUGGAGCGGGACAACAAGGCGCUGGAGAAAAAACGGGUAGGUAGCAGUGUCCAUGUUGAACAGCAUACGGUGUCUGAAGUGUCUUUACAGG